GAUCAUUUCGCAGCGUCGACUCGUCGCCAUAUACGAACCAACUCCUGAAGUCCCUGCUCCUCCCCCAAUCAAUCUCCUUCAACGCAAACGUUGCACUUGUCUUCUUCAACGGUUUCUAUUUACAUUUCUUUUGACCGACAAUUCUCUGGAUCAUUUGCUCUGGCUCCAGAUCUACGCCUUUCUCUUUUGGUAUCUUUAUAUUUCUAUUUGAAAGUAAAUAGUAAUAAGAGUUUAGCAGAAUAUUCAGCUGGAAGAAGAAAAUCGAGAUGGUGAUGAAAGAAAGAGAUGAAGAGCUUGCUUUGUUUCUUGAAAUGAGAAGGCGCGAGAACGAGAAAAGUAAUUUUCUUCUUCUUCUUCCCAACUCCGAAGGCAUCAAUAGUAACAGCACUCCUCUAGCACAUAAUAAUGGAGGAUCUCCCAUAUCCAGGAUUGUGUCGUCCGUUCCGACUAGGAAGACCGCUGCUGAGAAUUUCUUGAACUCGGAGAAUGAUAAAUCCGAUUAUGAUUGGCUUCUUACACCACCCACUACCCCACUGUUUCCUUCUUUGGAGAUGGAACUGCAGAAAAAUAAAAUGAGUCAAAUGGGGAUGCCUAAUGCUCGUCCAACUGCUUUGAAAACAAGGCUACCUAAUCUUCAGGAAGAACCUGCUUCAAGGAGUAAUGUAGCAUCAAAGAAUCUGACCAAGCCAUCUGGACUUAACUCUUGUACUGGCAGCAGGAGGCCGUCACCAUCUGGUGGUCGAACUUCUACUACUAGAGUUGCAACAUCAACAGGGCGGCCAACUUUAUCCACAACAGCUAAGCCUUCAAGACCUUCAACUCCUACUUCAAGGGCCACCUUGCCUUCCUUUAAACCUGCUGCUCCUGAAGUGAGAUCCUCAACUCCUACUAGAUCCACUGUUCGCUUUACGACACCAACUGCUAGGCCAACUGUAGCAGCUCCUAAACCAGUGCCAAGAUCAGCAACUCCAACUCCUAGAUCAACAUCAAGAUCAGCAACUCCAACUCAUCGAUCAACAUCAAGAUCAGCAACACCAACGUGUCGGCCAUCAACCCCUUCAAAUGCACCUAUUGUAUCUACUCCUGUUCAAUCUACUUCAGUGUCAAAGUCAGGUUCCAUGACUUCAAAGAAUCUUGUUCCAUCACGCGGCACUUCUCCAACCGUAAAAUCUAGGCCAUGGAAACCUUCAGAGAUUCCUGGUUUCUCACUUGAUGCUCCACCAAAUCUAAAGACAUCAUUGCCUCAACGACCAGCUUCGGCUUCUCGGGGCAGACCAGGGGCACAGAGUGCUCAAUCAUCUUCUAUUGAUGCUAAUUCUAUAGGAAGACGCAGACAGCAGUCUUGCUCUCCAUCUAGAGUAAGGACUUCAAACGUUAGUGCCUAUGGUAGUGGCAGUUCCAUUCCUUUCGAGCGUAAGGCAAAUGCCAGUAGUGAUGAUGGCGUGAAUCCAGUACGGAUGGGAACCAAAAUGGUGGAAAGAGUGGUGAACAUGAGGAAACUGGCACCACCAAAGCAAGAUAACAAUGGCUCGAGCCAUAGUAAUUCUGCUGGCAAAUCGUCCUCAUCCCUUGACAGCUCUGGCUUUGGAAGAGCACUUUCAAAAACAUCCCUUGAUAUGGCUUUACGACAUAUGGAUAUAAGAAAAAGCAUUCAAGGUAAUCUACGGCCUAUAAUGGCGAAGAUUCCAGCUUCGUCUAUUAUUAGUGUGAGAUCCAGUUCCACAAAAAGCACGACAAUCAGUGUUUCAGAUUCACCUCUUGCCACAAGGAGCAAUGCUAGCUCCGAACCCAGUGUGAACAACAAUUCCUUCUGUGUUGAUGAUAUUGAAAUGGAAUGCAGCAAGGAUUGUGGAAGUGAGAGAGGAGAUUCAUCUCCUGCAGGCCACCAUGGCAGGUAAAGCAUUUCUGCAUGUUAUCUAUAGGUGGUAACCUCAACCAGCCUAAUGCUUAAGAAACAGCCCGUUUCUAGAGCAAUCAAUGUGUAUGGCGACUUUACUUUUUGUCAAAUUUGUUAAGAGAGUCUGCAGUUGCAUAUACUAUUUCCGAUAUAUUGCUAUGGUACAAUACCCAUCAGUUAGAUCCUGAUGAAAUGGAUCGUAAUAUGAAGGGUUUCGAGUAAUUAAAAUUAUUUACUUGAGGUGA